AUGAAAGCCCCCGUCGACCAAUUUAUAUCGUUACCAGUUGACCUCACCUUCUUCCUUAUAUAUUUUUCCAUUCGCAAUCAACAACAUUGUCAUCUUCUCAGAUUGCAGACAGUCUAUUCUGUUGGUUCUUCCGUUGUAUACCGAUAUACCAUCAGAGUCGGAGAUCGGACAGACACUAUGCCAAAGCGAAAGGCAGUACAAGAAAGCGGUCCGGCCAAGCGCACCCGUCGCAGCAAAGGCAAGUUUAUUCUUCAUGUUCUGUUCUUCGCGUAUCUUGUACUUGUACCAGAUGCACAUCCGGAGAAUGAAAUCACAACUCCGGUUUCCCAACUGAUUAUCGAAGACAGCCCAGUGAGAGGCAAACCACCCGUGUGGGCAGAUAAUCGGUCUACUCUGUGUGACACUUUGAGCUGGUUCCGAUCUACCCAAGGAGGUUGCUAUCAGUCAAACAAGGUGUGCCUUGGGGUUCUCCUGGAUAAGGACAGUGGCUCACGGGCACACAUUGACGAUGAGAUUAUCAUCACAAGAGUGGGUGGCGGUCAAUCGAUGGAUGCAAAGGGCAACUUCUCCCAAGCGAAGGACCUAGACGAAUCAACGAGGUCGAUUGAUGCGCUCUUGGCAAGCAUGAGAAUCGGAAUUGCAGUCGGCUUGAUAAUCGGAAACAAGAAUACGGUUAUUAGGAGACAACUGCCUUACCGAUACAACGUCCUUGCAUUCUUUCGCGUUGUCGAUAUUUGGUUCGAGCAGGUUAACGGCAAGGUCGGUGCACAGGUCCGGUUCCAGAAACUCAACCUGGAGGAACCCAGUUGGUGGGCUAUCGAAGGAUCUAGUAAUCCUCCACCUGUAAGUGAGAGGGAGUUUACUCGUCCGCAGAGUAAGGAAUGCAACAAAUGUUCUACUGUUAGCAAUCGAGUUUACGAGGAGGGCUGGAUGUGUCUGGAUCGCAAAUGCUCUGCUUUCUGGCGUUUGGAAACUGGCGAGCCUCCUGAGGAACUCCACUAUCAUGCAGACUUUCUCAGUUCUCGCGAACCGGUCGACGACCAGAUUCAGCCUGAAUUUAACCUAGUCCCCGAGUUACUGGAGAGUUUAUUGGAAUGCCCAGAUACCUCAACACAGAGGAUCGCCUGGAGGGGGAUUGUAUGUCCAGACUGCCAAAAAUGCGUUUCCCGGCGAUACUGGAGUGGAUGGGUUUGCUCCGACCCAUCGGAUGUCAAGAACAGACGAUCGACGAAGCGAGCUAUUCGGAUAGAUGAAGGCCAACUUGUACGGCCGCAAGUCACGUUCACACGUGAAUAUCAGAAAUUCAUAUAUGAGAUAGAUGGGGUUGGCACUGUUGUCCAUUAUAGUGCUAAUCGACCAGUACUGGGUCAACCUAACGGACCAAACGACCUUUUUCAAGGUCUACAGAGUGCUAACCUGGGUCUUCGUCGGUUUCCCCUACAGCAGUCCGUGGUUGAGGGAACAUUAACCGCGCAUUUCGCUGUCAAUUUCGGAAUGCCGUACAAGUUUGUUGUGUCAGUUGAUUCGAAAGGUUUCAGCGAAGCGCCACGCGAAAUAAAGUAUGCUCUUGGCCGUCUUACUUGGGCAACUCAACAGGUUGUUGGAUCGAAAGCACAAGCACCCAACGAAUUGCUGACGCUUGGGUAUUUUGAGAAAAUGGCCAUAGGGUAUCAUGACGACGGAGAAUCGUCUCUUGGACCGACCAUUGCGACUCUAUCUCUGGGCGCAAAGUCGACAAUGAAAAUCCGUCUAAAGGAUGAAUACUUUCGUGGGUGUCGCACGCGUGGCAAAGUGCCCAUCUCAGACGAUGCGGUUCUGCCGGGCUGUUAUAAAUUCGAAGAACGCAAGGCAUUACGAGAGCAGCACCAACGGGACGAGCUCACGGAUGAAGAGUACAACGAAGGCCGCAUGACACUGGCCAAAGAGGUCACACAGCGCGAAAGCAACGUUCUCAUAAACAUGGACCUACACCAUGGCGAUUUGGUAGUCAUGCAUGGAACGCGGCUACAAAAAUAUUAUGAGCACACCGUUAUUUCCGAGGACAAGCUUCGGUUUGCUCUGACAGCUCGUUAUAUCAAGCCAGACCAGGUGCCCGAAGAAGAACACCACAAGGGAGACUUUGAGCUAGAACCGGACCAAGUGUACGACGGCCGGUGA